ACGGCAGGUGAGAGAGUGAAGAAGACAGCGGAGAGAAAAUCGAGUAAUAACAUCAAAAAUGUUGAAAGAGUUGGUGAAGGAGCGACUCAUGGCGGCGGCUGAUGAAAUAUUCGCGCUGUUUGAAAAAACCAUAGCGUCGUACGAGGAGGAACUUUCUAGAACAAGAGAGGAGAAGGAGCGACAGCCACAACAACCGGAAGCUGUUUGCAAAACUCCAUUUGUGUUACACAAUAAAGAUGUCCGGCAGCCGAUUGGUCCUCAAGAAGAACACGCGCCUCAGCUACAGGAAGGCAUGUCCACCUUGAAGCAGGAGGAUCCACAGCCCCCCCACAUUAAAGAGGAAGGUCAGCAACUCUGGAUCGCUCAGGAGGGAGAGGCUGAUCUCACCAAGUUGCAAGUAAGUGGUGUCUCUUUGAGGACUGAAGACCAUGAAGAGAAACCUGAGUCCUGGCAGCUGCAUCGCAGUCCAAGUGAGGAGGACAGAGGGGCGGAGCCUUCAGGCAGCUGCUCAUCACAACACAUAACAGAAGAUGGGGGAGACCACUGUGGAGCUCCUUUAUCCGAUAGUGAGGACAUAAUGUCAAACUCUCUUGAGGAUGAAAACAGGGGCGGCACCCAACAACCUUUGAGCGGCGAUACAGACUGUGAAGGUGAUAUCAGGACUCCAACUGACAACAAACAUUCUGAAUACUGUAAAAAGAAGACAGGUAGAGAAUGUUUGACCUGCACACUUUGUGGCAAACACUUUUCCAAUGAGUGGGACUUGACUCAACACAUGAGAGCUCACACAGGAGAAAAACCAUUAAGUUGUCCGGUUUGCAGUAAAAGCUUCUCUCAGAGAAGGAAAAUGAAAUCACACAUGAGAAAUUUCCACACAGAAAAAAUGCACAUUUGCUCAGUUUGCGGUGAUUUUUUCCCCCUUCCUAUUCAAUUGACUCGACACAUGGAAAAACACACCGAAAUACCUUUCGGUUGCUCAGUUUGUGACGAAAGGUUCCUUCGCCGGGCUGACCUGCUGUCACAUGUGGCGAUACACCAGGGCGAAACCUCUUUUAAAUGCUCAGUCUGUGAUAAAAGCUUCCCCACGGUGGCCCAGUUCGGCGCGCACACGAAAACUCACUCCGGGGAGAAAAUAGUUUGUCCAGUUUGUGGUAAAACGUUGGCAAGCGCGUACUAUUUGAGUUCACACAUGAGGAGUCACACCAGAGAAAAACCCUUUAGGUGCUCCGUUUGCGCCAGAAACUUUGGGAGGCGAUACAGUCUGAACGUGCACAUGCGCAUCCACACCGGGGAAAAACCUUUUAGUUGUUCGGUUUGCGGGAUGAACUUUGCUCAUCGGUCCAGUUUGAACGCGCACAUGCAGACUCACACCGGACAAAAACCUUUCAGUUGUUGGGUUUGUGCGAAAAGUUUUACUCGCAAGUACUGUCUGAAAGUACACAUGCGCACUCACACCUGAGACCUUUUCCCCGCUGCUUUUUUAUUUGAACCAGGAACUUAUAACUUGUUCCAACAAUUAAAACACAAUUGAAAAAAAUAAAUACAAACAAUUGAAAUAAAACCGACUGAGUGAACCUUCUUUAGCAGGUGUAGGGCAGUAAAUAAAUGCACCAAAAUCUGAGUUUUAAAUCUUUAUUUUCUGUGCCCUCAGUUCAUUUUGGUGGAAAAUGUUGUUCUUUGUUUCACAUUGCCCAAAUAAACUGAGACAGAAUGG